CCAAUCUUUUGUCAUUCAUCUAGCAGGUAGCGCGAUAUUUUCCGUAUUCGGAAAAAGAAAGGAAGGCAUUUUUUUAUCGAAACAAUAUUGCUUAUCACGCGCGAUUCGAACGUAAUAGUGCGCAGAAUAUUGUCGUGUUCGUGUCGACAAUUUUAACGAAUCUUCAUCAAACACACCAUACACGCAUUCUCAUUCAAUAGGUUUUAUCGGCGUAAGAUAUACGUUAUACUGGAAAUUUCCAUCGGACAAUCAUUUUGCUGAUGGCACCCGUGAUUCAAGCGUUCAGUGCAACUCUAUAGCCCACAUUGGCUUGGUCUGUAUCAACAACGUCACACCUACGAGCCUGGAGAAUGGCCAAUAUUAUUGCGACGUGCAUUACGCGCUGAUGCACAUCGCAACCGAUCGCAUCCAGGUUUCUGGAGCAAUCAAGAGAAUCAUCGAAGAGAAUUUCCUUUGUCUAUUAAUGUGAUCUCGUUAUAGUGCAACCAUGUUCGCGUUUCACGAACUAUCGAGUAGAGUUUCGAGAGAUCAUCAAAUAUCGACGACAAUUGGUGAUAUGUCUCCGCGAUUCCGAAGAUCGGCGUCGCCAACAGUUUGGCCGAACCGGACGACCUACGAUUAUGGAAACUAUAGCUUAGACAUGUUUUCUGAUAUGGACGAGGAAUUGGAUGGAAUCUGCACCUCGCUAUACGUUCUCCUGGAUUUUUUCCAUGUGUAUUACAUACCGGCCAUUAUUCUAUUGGGCUUGGUAGGUAACCUGUUGUCGUGCGUAGUCUUCCUCAAGACGCAUCUGAAGCUGCGCAGUUCCAGCUACUACUUGGCCGCAUUAGCCACUGCUGAUUUCGGCUUUCUCAUGUCCCUGCUUCUGGUGUGGCUUAAUAGCACAGUAGGCUGGAAAGUCUUUAACAAUGACGGCUGGUGCGAAACAUUGGUGUAUGUGAGUGCGGUUUGUAGCUCGCUCAGCGUUUGGCUGAUCGUCGCUUUCACCGUCGAGAGAUUCAUCGCCGUUCAAUAUCCACUCCAUCGGCCGCAUAUGUGCACCGUAGCGCGAGCAAAAACGAUCAUUCUGGUGUUGACGAUCUUUGCCCUGGCUAGCCACUCGUAUUCUUUCGUCACUGCCGGGGUGGUGAAAAAUCCGGACGGCUACGAGGUGUGCGAUUUGAGGAUCGAAUAUCUGGAAACCAUGCGGAUUAUCAGCAUUAUCGACAGCAUAGCAAGCCUGAUUGUGCCACUUGUACUCAUCAUCGUGAUGAAUACUAUGAUCAUGAGAAAUCUCCUCAAGUUUGGCAGGCGAUUCAACCAGGAGCCCGGUUACACCGCUAAUUGCGCCAAUAGGGAGAAGGCCGAUAUCAAUCUCAAUCAAAUCCCGAGUGGUAACAGUAGUAAUAAUGGUGCUGGUUAUAUAAACAUGGUUUCGCUCGUGGGUGCAAAUGGAACGCGGAGACCACCUUCCCAGCAAUUGUCCUUCCACUCGUCUAAAAAUCAUUCUCGACAUCAAUCUGCAUCUGUCCCGCCAACACCGCGAAACGCUUGCCAGAUGACUGAAAUAGAAGCUCCUUGUAUACACGUUAUGUCUUCUCGGAAUCUUGGAUCGACCAGAUUUAAUCAAGAAAGCAUCACAAAAAUGCUCGUACUCAUUAGCACAGUCUUUAUAUUACUUAAUUUACCGAGCUACGUAAUUCGCCUAUGCGUGUUUUUUUUCACCUUGGCAAGGAAGAACACGCCAGAGACGCUUUGGUGUCUACAGCAAUUCUUCAUGCUGCUCUACUACACGAAUUUCAGCAUCAAUUUCUUGCUGUACGCUAUGUGCGGCAUUACGUUUCGCCGUUGUCUGGAGCAGAUACUACGUAGGAUCAUGAAGAGCAUGACAUUGUAUCAUUGCAAUUCACAGAGGGAACCAAUAAGUCCGUGAAAUGUCCACGCUCAUUGGAUCAUCGUUAAUCUGGUGUCUGUUUCCAACUGAGAUUUCGGAUGGCUUUUGCGGUAAGCGGGUCCAAAUCCAAGAUGAUCCUGUUUGCGAGAUGGGCUUGAAAGAACGCAUCGUUUCGCAAAACACGUGACGUGAACAUUAUAUUUCACGUCAAUGAUGAGAUGAUUUAUUUGGUAAAACAUUCGUUAGGAAAAAUCAUCGGUGUCAAAAAUCCGAGCGAUAUCAAGAUAUUUGACUGACAGAGAAGGACCACAGGAACUUACAAGGAACCUGCAUGUAAUUAUAUAAACUCACGUUUGCUGUGUGAGAAUAAGAUUCUCACAAGUU